AUGGCUCAGACGUUCGCCUUUCGGAGGCAAGAAAUUGUAGACAAGAAAACAUCUUUGCUCACUAUCAUUGAGAGAUGGCCAGCACUUUUCGACAUUCAGGAGGUGAAUGCAGAGUUCCUGAGAGUGAGUACCAUACCACUUGAAGCAAGAUUCAUGCAGAAGCUUGACGAGAAGUGCAGUGAACUGAUACAGAUCGUCAGAAAAAAGGGGGGAGCCAUUCGGGAGAAGACAAACCUGCUGCCAACAGUACAAGAGGAUACUGACAUCGCUACAAAGAGGGAGAUUGCACUCAAAUGUCUCAUUCUUAACAUGGGAGAAGCAGUGGAGGACCUCAUCAAAGAUUUCCUGGUGUCGGAGAAGGAAGAAGCUGACAUGGUUCUUCAGCAGGAAAGCAUUGCAAUCUUUGUCAUCAGAGAUGCACAAGCCUUACCUCAAGACAUUGGCAUCAUACUUGAGGGACAACAGGUUCUGAGCGAGUUGCCUUCAGUGGCAAAUGCUGUUGCCAUUCUCAUGGGCCUCCUUUAUGCUCUCAAUCUGGAAUAUCCCAAGACUUUGAAACUGACAUUCGAAUAUAUACAGAAAGUCCUCAUGGAGCUGGACCCGAAAGGCAUGACCAACAAAGUCAGGAGACUGUAUGACCAGCUCUACAAUAGAGCUUAGUGGAAUGUGUAUAUAUCUAUUUUUUUUUUUGGUAAUAUACUAUUUUGUAAUAAUAUCCAUAUUAUGUUGGAAGGCCAGCUCUAAGUUACAGUUUAAGUUAAAAAUCUGACCUUGAGAAUGGAUGCGUGGAAAUAAUGCCUGAUGUGAAGGAGGUUAAUAAAUAUUGAUAUGAUGAUAAUUAUUGAUGUAGUCCAUAUGUUGGGGGGGGGAAUUAGAUUAUAUAUUAAGUAAUGAACCUUUAUUAACUAAUUUAUAUUAAUUACAAUUUUCUUUUAAUGAGAAAUAUUUUUUAAUUUUUUU